UUUACAUCUCUACUGCAAACUGGUCGAAGGGUGUUUUGGGAAAUGUUCAAUAUUUGCGUAAAGUUCUGAGACCUGAAUGAAAAGCCAUGCACCAGUGGCGUUAAUUGAUAAGUGCAGCAUUGGCGUUGGCUGGCGCCUGAUAAGUGUUCGUGGCGUGCGAUUAGGUCAAUAGUCGAUAUAAACCGAGUGACUUUUGUGCUGCAUUUGGUGCUGGAAUCGAAAAAUCCUAGGAGAUGUGUCUAUACCACAGAGUAACUGAAUGAGAGCACCAGUGUGUAGGUAUAUGUGCGCGUGUGUGUGUGUGCCAGCGCACUGGUGUUGGUGGCCACACUGAAAGAAUCAAUAAAGGAUGUGCUGAAGUCCUGCGGAUUGCUGGGCACCCAGAGAGAGAGAAAAAGGACGAAAACACGGUCUCGCCCCCUCACAUCAAAUAAAAAUCGUUGCAUAUAUAUAUAUAUAUAUAUAUAUUUAUAUAUAAUUGACUAUAUUAUCCGAUAUAACCGAUGCCCUUAACGCGCCUCUAACGGUAUCAAGAGUUUAAAUUUAAAAAAAAAUCAAGGCAAAAAUAAAAAUUAAAAAAAAAAGGAAACUAAAAACCAUUGAAAUUUAAGUUAAAAUAAAGAUUUAAAGUCUAUUUGGUAUUCCUUUCGACGUCAUGAUGAGGUUCUGCCUGAUAAUUGCGACACUAGUGUCGAUUGCAUACUCUGUGGAGGUACACUUCGAGGCACCCGACAGCGGCUUCUUCCUCAAGCACGCCCGCCAACCACCUGUGACGCCGGAGAUCGCCAAUGUGCAGUCCACAUCCUCGGCAGUGCCGCCACUACGGCAACGAUCCUCCUACGACUCCGUUUUGUCCCUGGACCGCUUCACCGUGGUGGAGACCACGCAACCGGUGUCCAUACGCGCCAGCUAUGGCCCCUUCUCCACCAAGCAGACAGUGCCAGCCCGCUACAUUGUGCCGGACACGAUGGAUAACCAGGCGGGCGACUACAUGACCAACUCGACGGCCACUCUGCUGGAGCUGCAACAGCCCAACAUGCAUCUGGAUAUCUCCGCUCAUCUGGUGCGCACCAGUGUCUCGCAGGAUGCGCCCGUUCUCCGGGUGCUCUUCCAUGCUGGCGCCGAUCCUGGCGGUCACCUGCAGCGACAAAAGGUUUGCGUUCUCCUGCACGUAGCCAUGGGCUCGGAACAGCCGCUGAAGGGACGUUGUAUGCCCGAGGGCGAGGACGGAGUGUGCGUGGCCGAAGUUGUGGUGCCCCUUGGCUGGUGGCCAUCGCUGCCGCCUCCCAAUCAGGACGGUACAGGUCCGACGCCGCCCAAGGUGCCGCAGCGCUAUGCCCAGGUGUCGUAUAGCGUUUUCGAGCCACCACUAAGGAAUCCCGAGCAGUGCGAGCCCAAAGUCCAGAUCCAGCCACUGACCACGUUCGCCCAGGUGCCCUUGCUCCCAGCCCGCACUCCCUACCGGAUGCUGCGUGCCGACGAUGCUGUGACCUUCCUGCUGCCGCAGCACCCACUCUAUCCGCUCUCCCGACUCCAUGUGCCCGUCUUUCUGCAUCAGUAUCCGGACCAGCGGGUGGCCGCGUUCACGGUGCGCGCCCGAGUCAAGGCUGGCCUAAGAAUACUGGGCGCCACCGCCUCCACAGAUCAGUGGAGUGUGUCCGUGGAGAAGGAGAAUCCCAAGCAUACCACCGCCCGGGUGACCGCCUUCCGCAAGGAGCAAGAAUCCAGUCUGGAGUCUUCGAUGUCGGGCGGAAACUUCACCGGCGAAGUUCUGGAAAUAUUCUCAUGGCUCCUGGAAGUGGCCGAAGAUCCCAAUGAUAUCGUGGACGGAGGAAAGAUCGUGUGGUCGGUGACCCACGUGUUCGACACGCCGAAGGAUAAGGACUCGAGCGAACUGGUGGCGCCCGAUGAUACCAAGAAGCGACUAAUCGCCAAGCUGGAAAUCAACAAGGACGACAUCCAGGCGGUGCUGCCGAUGGCCAAGAUCUGGGAGGUUAUGAACACGGCUGUGCUGACCGGCAGGCAAGUGGCCCAGGCCAUGAAGGUGUUUAUUGUCUCGCAGGCGGGCAAGGUGGCCGAUGUCACGCUCCAGAGUUCCUGUCACGCCGAAGACGAGAGUGUCAUCAAGGUUUCAUCGUCCUGCAGCUCGGUGUAUGUGGACGGUUCGGAGCAGCGUGGCUCCUCAAAUGCCUCCGUUAUUGUCAAGUAUGGCACCUAUGUGGGCGUGGCCAAGUUUAUUGUAUGGAUGCCGGAGUUCCCACUAGAGGUUUACAUAUCGGACUUCCGCCUCUCCCAGAUCAAGGGCUGGAAAGUAACCGACGACAAUCACUAUCUACACAACAAACAGUCGCGUCGCAGGAAGAAGAGAUCCUACGUUUGGGGCCAGCACGGCACCAACUACUACAGCAAUCUGGGAGCGGAUAAGACUGUGUGCCGGGCCCGAUAUCAGCAGAGUCCGGUGGAGGUCUAUGCCAAGUUUUUGGCCGUAGAUCAGAACUCUGGACGCACCAGCUACUUUAUCUCGCGACGAACGGGCUUAAGGGUUACGGAUCUUGUGCAGCCACUACUUCGGGUGGCCGAUCCCAAGAUUGCUUCGCUAAAGGGUCGCAUCCUGCAGGGCAAGUCAAUGGGUCGCACCGAUGUCCAGGUGCUGUCGCCCAUCACUGGUCGCGUCAUCGGCACCAAGGAGAUCCGCGUGGGCAGCGACAAGGUCAACCUCUCGAAGCUAAUCGUGCGCGUCAUAUCCGGAUUGCAGCUCACCAUCAGUCCGGACAACACCAUCGAGAAUGGUUAUCUGGCCGAGACUUCGGUCACCCACAAGCUGACGGCCCAGUACCAGGAGGGAUUGCUGGACAUCGAUCUGGAGUUCACCGAUGGCUCCAAGACGCCGUUGCGGGACAUUGCUGUGGAAGACUACUUCCUGUUGGUUGAGAGUCUGGACACGGAGGUGGUGGCAUUUGCCCCCAUGCUGGCAUCCCAUCAUCCGCGUGUCAUCGCCGUCGGCGAGGGCAACGGUAACCUUUUGAGGGUCACGUUGCUGCUCUCCGAGGAGUGCCGGCAGCGUCGCAGCACCCUGAGCAGCACCAAGCAGAACAAGUCGAAUGCCGCGCCACUGGCCAGCGCCCUGGCCUCGAUCGAGGUGGACUUCAACAACGUGGACAUUGUCAGCAAGCAGGAGGCCAUCCAGAACGAUGGCACCGCCAACCGGGAGCAAAAGAAAUACCGCCAGAGUGGCGACUUGGCUGAUAUAAUUGUUGGUAUUCCGCUGCGAGACUCCAGCCAACAGUACGAGCCCACUGUCCAGGCACGCCAGCAUCGCGGCAGCAUCCAGGCGGUUCAUAAGAACCAUCAUGGCGUCAAGGGCGGCGCCGGUACCGGCACCAUGUCCUCCAUGGAGCUGGGCAUGUACGUACUGCUGACGGCCUUCUGCUUCGCCAUCAUUGUGUUUGUCAUCUCGUGUGUGGUCUACGCCUCCAAAUUCCGGCCGGCAAUGAUCGAGUCUGGCCUGGAUCCACUGUCGGUUGGGAAGGGUAAUGGUGGUGCUGGUGGCGGAUCGGGCGGCUUCCGGGAUGUCCGCCUCAAGGAGUCGACAACAAAUGCCCAUGACUGGGUGUGGCUGGGCCGCUCCACCAUCGAUCGCCAGUCCAUGGUGGCCGAAUCCAAUACGCACUUGAAUGCCAGGGAUUCUCGCAUGCGCAUCACCAGCAAUCCCAUUGUCAACUACGACAAUGGUCGGCGGGUGAGCUCGUUCGACCAGCAGCCCAAGCUUCAGACCCACAUUGUCCCAGCCUCGAACCUGAACAAGCAACACGCCGACCAUUACAUGUCCAACGAGCGCAAGGACAAUGCCUUGGAUUACAAGCCCCCGGUGCCGCCGCACAGGAAUGUGGGAGCUCGAGCCUGUCUGCCGAUUCAGCCUGUCCAUGGCUCUGGUUCCGUAAAGGACAUGCCGAAUAAGCGGCACAGCCAGCUGUAUAAGCGCGAUCACUUGCCGGGCAACGAUACCAAUGCCAACCAGCCGUCCCAUCAGAUAGUUCAGUCCAAUGGCCAUCCCCAGCAGCAUCAACGAAGUCACAGUCAUAGUCACAACUUCAGCCAGGAGCCGAUCAUCAAGGCGGCUCACAACAAAAUCAAGCAACAGCAACAACAGCAGCAGCAACACCAGCAACAGCAACACGAGGAACUGCACAAUGCCGAGAAGCUGGUGGAGUACACGAAUCCCCAUCAGAAGAAUGCAUUUCAGUUUGAUUCGCUGACACCAAAGAGAGUAACCAAAGGAGCCGCGUCAUCGCCAGCAACGCCGCCCACAGCCAUCGUUCAGGGCAAAAUCAAAGAGAACCAUAGCAUGGCGAAUAGCACUGGGGAUGCUGUGAACUCUAAUGGCACGGAUGAGAUCAUGCGGCUACCGUCCAGCGCUGUUAGCCAGGAGCCCACCACGAAAUCGUCGCGUGUCAAGCGCGCCACCGUGGUGGGCAAUCCAAUGUUCUCGGCCACUGUGGACGAGUCGGUCGCCAAUGGCGAGCGUCUGGGUCUGGACGAUCUCGAUAUGGACUACGAGCAGAUUAUGCAUUAUUUUGACAACCUAAAGGAGUCAAAUGCCUGAGUACAGGAGAUUAUUGCUAAAAUUCGCGAGAUAUUGUCCACGUUCCAUCAGCGAUAUCAGACGGUUGCCACGCCCCUAACCACACCCACUCGCAAGCAGAUGCAGCUGCUGGACGAGCUGGUUGCCGGUGUGACCGCAGGUAAAGGAUUCCCCAAUACCACAUCAACAACAACAACAAUCACCCCAACAACCUUGGAUAUAGAAGCUGAAAUUGUAUCAGGUGAUGGUAAUGGUAAUCGAGAUGGAGAUGAUGAUGGAGAUGCCUACGACGGAGCAUUGAACCUCGAGAGCAGGCAGUUCUAAAGUCAGGGCGGUAAUCAUCUCAAAAGCAAUUCUAGCAAUAACCCCAAAAAAAAAAAAAAGAAAAAACUCUGGAAAAGAUCUUAGGAACUCCCUAGACCAUACACACUUAUCACUAUACACCCCCAUCAACACCACAACACACAUCCAUUAGAUAACCCCAAAAAACCGUGCUGAAAUCGAGUCAAGCGAGAUAAUGGAUAUCGUAAUCGAAGGAAAAACAUAUUUAUUGCUAGGCUAUAAGUUCAUAUUAAAGCAUAAACCUAUAGGCAUAUGUAAA